AUGGCGAGCGUCGCGAGCCUCCCCAUCUCUCUAAUUUACGACCUCCUUCAGCCCAUUACGGUACCCAGCGGUUCCCCGAGGGCUAAAUUCACCAACUGGGGUCUCACUUUCACCUGUCAGCCCCUAGCUGUUUUCGAACCAGAGGAUGAGUACCAUUGCAAACUCAUACUGGAGCUCGCUCGGCGCGAAGGGAAGGUGGUUAGAGCCGUCGGUAUAGGCCACAGUCCGAGCGAUCUUGCAUGCACCACUGGAUUCAUGGUGCGGACCACGAAGUUGAACAGAGUGUUGGAGGUACAUCCCGAUAAAGGAUACGUCGUCGUGCAGGCGGGUAUCACGUUAGACGCGCUGCAUGGCGAACUCGCGCGACACGAUCUCGCGAUGAUUAAUGUGGGCUCGAUUUCAGACCAGACUCUGGGCGGCAUCGUCACAACCGCUACGCACGGAACGGGUAUCGAUUAUGGCGUUAUCUCGACACAUGUGAUAGGCCUUACUCUGUUGCUGGCGGACGGUUCACGGGUGUAUUGCUCUCGCCAAGAACGACCCGACCUGUUCACUGCUUCUAUCUGUGGCUUGGGAAGCACAGGCCUCAUCCUGACGGUGGCGUUGGAGGUAGAGCCUGCGUUCCGGUUAAAGGAGGUUCAGGAGACGCUCCUAUUCGAUGACUGCGUUGAUCGGAUAGAUUCCCUCGCGCGCUCUGCGCAGCAUGUCAGGCUGUGGUGGUUCCCUGCCGCGCGGACGGUACGGGUCAGUUCGGCUAACCGGACGCUCGAGCCCUCCCAUGUAGUUGGAAGUUGGCUCUGGCACUCAUUCCUGGGGUUCCACGUCAUCCAGUUCCUACUCUUCCUUGGGCGGUUCUACCUUCCCUUGAAUAUACUGGUUGGUCGGUUCGCUGCCUGGCUGGUCAGCGAGAGGUCGGUCGCCGUUGAUGAUAGUCACCGAAUUUUCAAUCUGGAGUGCAGGUAUCCUCAACAUACCACCGAGUGGGCUAUCCCGUAUGAGAACACUCAGGCAUGCAUGCGCGAACUCCGUGAUUGGCUUGAGCGCGAAUUCUCCGACCCCUCAGGGCUUCGGCCUCAUUUCCCGAUAGAAGUGCGCUUUUCGGCCAGCGAUGACAUCUGGCUGAGUCCCAGUGUCGGGCAAAAGACGUGCUGGAUUGGGAUCGUCCAAUUCAAGCCUUACGGGUGUCAAGUACCGUACCGCAAGCUGUUCCAGCGAUUUGAGGACAUCCUCUUCAAGCACGCGGGCCGACCGCACUGGGCAAAAGCUCAUCACCUCCGUCCAGAGACACUUCGCAAGUUGUAUCCGAAGUUCGAUGAUUUCAUCCAGGUGCUACAGGACGUGGACCCACAGGGACUGUUCCGCAACGAGUAUGUUCAACGCCAUCUCUUCGGCAAGACCGGACCCAAGUUCGACGGCAGAGUAUUUAAGGAGUAUACAUCGUCUCGCUAACUUUCAUACUUUACCAUCGUAUAACCUCAUCUUCAUGCAUUAGUGGCAAUUUACUGCACAUUAAUCCAUUACUUUCACAACUUUCAUCGAGAGCAUAUACUCAUCUAAUCUAUUCCUAUACAUCAUUCAUCAAUUCCUGCAUUUACAUAUCAUACCUUUGUUCACAAUCCUAACUGCUGCUUGAUAGACUCCCGGACUAUUCGCUCGUACUCCGGCUUGUUAUCUCGAUACAGUUUGCAACAGUCGAUGUUUGCACCGCUCUCCAGAUUGGGCUCUAGAACCAGCCACGGAUUAGCAUAACCCAUCGAUAGGGAAUUUACUUACCGGCUAGCAUGGAAAUGACGCUAAGAAUCACUUUCUCGACACUCUGAACGGGACUCCAUCGUUCCGAGGCUUGUUCAUACAUGGUAGGAUCGUCGCCGGGAGUGUGCAAGAUCGAUAUGCAGACGGUGCCGUCGGCAUAGAUAUUGGGAUGAAAC